AUGAAGGGUCCGUUAGAUCGAACGAAAGUCGUGAUACGGCACUUGCCGCCUACGAUUUCGCAGUCAAUGCUCAUGGAACAAGUGGAUACCCGCUUCGCCGGUCGCUACAACUGGGUCUCAUUUCGUCCCGGCAAGAACAGUCAGAAGCGCCAAUUCCAUUCUAUAGCAUGCAUCAACUUUAAGAGGCCAGAGGACGUCAUUGAGUUUGCCGAAUUCUUUGAUGGACAUGUUUUUGUCAACGAGAAGGCGGAAAGUUCUUCAGCUUCUUCAAGAACUGAGCGGUUGAUUCGGGUGGGGAGGAGUGUGGGAAGAAGACGAAGAGAACGAAGAACACCCAGAUCAUGCACUCAAUUUAGAGCUAUGGUUGAGUAUGCUCCUUCACAGUGUGUUUCAAAACAAUGGUCUAAAAAGGAUGGACGUGAAGGGACCAUAUUUAAAGAUCCUGAGUAUCUGGAGUUCCUUGAAUUUAUUGCGAAGCCCAUUGAGAAUCUUCCCAGUGCAGAAAUACAGCUGGAGAGAAAGGAAGCAGAGCGAGUUGGUACUGUGAAAGAUGCUCCGGUAAUUACUCCUUUAAUGGAUUACAUUCGUCAGAAACGAGCUGCUAAGGGUGGAACACGGAGAUCUUUGACUAAUGGGAGACAGACCAGAAGGGCCAGUGGAGCAUCAACUGGAUUUCCUAGUUCUGCUUCAUCAAAACGAGGCUCUGAAAGGAGAAGGGUUUCUGCAGCCAUGUAUGUUUUAAGAGACACUGCAAAGAGUACCAGUGGCCAGGACAAAUCAACUUAUGUUCUGGUUUCUAAACGAGAUGAUCAGCAGCUUUCUGACAAGUCUGUUCCUACAAUUGCUGCAUCUGGAGCUGAAAUGUUGGAGGAGGAAAGUGAUGCUUAUUUGAGAUGGGUGCAAGGUUUCCAACAAGUUUGCAGGGCCGUGAAGUUAUAUGAAUUGUGA